CCCCAUUCUUUCUAAUAACAUAUGCCAAUGAUUUUUCUUAUAUUCAAAACGAAACAUCUGUUUUUUAUGCUACUUUCCAUCAUAAUAACAAGUGAAGCAGAAUAAGAGACCGCGCCUUGCAUUUCAAUUUUCAAUCACUUUAUACAUUGUAUUAAAGAAAACAAAAUAUACUAGAAGAAGCUCUACAAUUUGGAUAAGACUGCUCAUUUUAUAGUUACACGUUUUGCUCUCAAAAUGGGCAAAGGUUUUGGCUAUCGAAUUUCGAUCCUGCAAACAAGAUUAUUUACUGGUACGCAACAAAUUUCUUUUUUUUUUAUUUCGUUAGUUAAUAAGUCAUAUCGAUGGCCAAGUUUAGACCCAUUGAUAUGUGCUCCAAUUAUGUUUUCUUAUUCAUUCUAUCUACAUAAUAACACAUUACAACUGUAUAGAUGUUCGCGCAUAGAAUUGUGUCCAUUUUGAGAACAAAAAGUAUAACUAUAAAUUAACCAGUCUUAUGUAUAUUGUAGAGCUUUUCAAACAACUUCUUAUAGUAAAUUUUAUUUUCUUAAAUACAGAGUAUAAAGUGAUUGAAAAUUGAAAUGUAAAGCACGAUCUUUUAUCCUGCCUUGCUCGUUAUUAUGAUGGGAAGUAGCAUAAAAAACAGAUGUUUCAUUUUGAGUAUAAGAAAAAUCAUUGGCAUAUGUUAUUAGAAAUUUGUUAUCAUCAUUUUUGUAGAGUUUUUCGCGGAGCAUCUUUUGAAAAAAAAUCAAGGUUCUUGUCAUUUAUCCAUGUUAAGAUAGAUGCCAAAUAAAAAGUGUGCAAACAUUUUGGAACACCCGAUAUAAAUUGAAAUGAUUAUAUAUUGAUAUUUAUAUUAGUCAUCUGUAUUACAAUAUUUAUAUUAUUUAUCUCAAAUUGGUAUAGCUAUGUCACCAUUAAGUAAUAAUUCAUUAUUUCUUGGUUACAAUCAAAAUCCAUUUUUGGAAUAUUUUCAACGUGGUCUUUGUGUUUCAUUAUCAACAGAUGAUCCACUACAAUUUCAUUUUACUAGGUUCACAUUUGAUACAUAG